AUGGCAAACCAAUGGUCGGUCUACAGCGAUCGUUUCUCAACUCCUAAGGUAUGCAAGGGUACAUUUAGCCGAAACUCCACUACUGCUGUCGCUCUUCAGCCGUUUAAGCCUAGGUCAAGGUUGAUUAACCAUGGCUCGGUCUGCAGCCGUCGCAUCUCAACCGUUGGAGACUAUGAUAAUCUAAGUGAGGCAACAUGGGCACUGCAGAUCAGAUAAAAUUGAGGUCGGAUGAAACAACAAAUAUGUAGGGCCAUAACCUACUCAAAUAGGUAUAGCAGGUAUUAUUUCUAGGCAACGGAUAUGUGGGUGCCCUCUCCCGAUUGUUACCCCCUAUGGUUCAGGAAUAGUAGUGUAGGCAGAUGAUUGUCUUUUCGCACAAACAUGGAUGCAAACCCUCAUCAGAUCAUCGAGGAAUUUUCACAAAACCGAAUUUGUUGUGGUCUACUGUCUAGGAAAACCCUUAAUAGGUCAGUAGACAAGGUGUUUGGAUCUGACCCCAGAUCUUGAUAGAAACCAAACCCCAGCGUCGCACAACCUCAGACGUAUUUCUGAACGGACAGGAGAGAAUGUCAUUUCUCUAUCAUUUCCCUUUAUAGUAAAAAAGACCAUUUCCUGUACCGAAGUCAGACCCAUACACAAAGAAAGUCUUGCCACGUGUUUGGUUCGUGCUACUCUAGUAAGGUCAGAUCCUAACAGUAAACAUCCACUGUCGACGGCUGGGAUGUUUGGACAACGCUCUUGCCGGCGAGCACCCAAAGCUAAUUCACAAAACCGGCGCCAGUAUCCAGCACGAUAACGCAAGACCACUUUCGGCCCGGCAGACCCCGGAAAAGAUCCGAGACCAAGGUCGGGAAUGUUUGCCCCGUCUGUCCUAUUAACCUGAUUGUACGCCAACUAAUUAUGCUUUGUUCGAUUAAUGCAGCCGAAAGUCUUUAGAAAUAUCGCUGAUGUCAAAACAGAGCUCUUGGAUUUCUCUGCACCAAAACAAAGAGGGUAUUGAGAUCUUAGAUUGCAAUGAAAAGCAGUGAUUGCGACGGUAGCGAUUAUACCAUUGAUUUACAAAUAAAACGCAUAUUGGUAGACACUUUCCGUGUCUUGAAGAAGGAGACACGAUCGCCCGGACAAGAGUUUUAUUAGCCUGACGUUUCGGAUUCCUACUCGAAACAAACAAACAAAAAGGGCAUAACUCAGCGGUGUCCCUAAUAUUUGACUGGAUCGGAUGGCCUUCGCUUCGUUCACUUCAUAUCCUAUUGUGCCCAGGUUUGAGUGGUACCUUAUGCUGUUUCUAACGUUUCGCUUCCACAUACUUGACGGUUCAUGACCCUCAUGGUGUUUAUUGUCUGCUUGCACUUUAUACUUUUAUCUCCUAGCGCGUUGCAUGUGCUCGAAACUAAGAACGUAACAACUACUCGCGCAUAAAUAGGGGGCAAUUCUCCCCGUUGCGAGCACUCAAAUAUAAAUGUGUGCGCACUGAAAUAACUUACUAAUUUUGACUGUUUUAUUAAUUAAAAGGCGUGUAGUUUCGAGUUAGGCACAUUACUUGACUCAUUAUGAGCCUCCAGGGGUCUAUGGUUUUUAAACCUCCCAUGUACUAUAUCGUCUGGGGUUUCGUGUGUUCUAAAACAAGAAAGUAGCAACUAUUCACGGGCGUGAAGUGUGAACUUUCUAGCGUUGGAGGAGUCAGAGCAAUUAAAUAUCAAUGGGCGAGUUUUGCCUCGGUUAAGCAUAUAAUUUCCCUCCGAGUUCGAAACAAAUAGCUCAAGCACCAUUACGAAGACGGUUUUCACAAAUCCUACAAGCAAUUAGUUGCUAUUACGCUCCAAAAAAUGGAAGGAGAAUUCGGGUACGUUGCUGGAGAAGCACACUUGAAGAGGUUUUAGUAAGUGAGCUUGGUAGCAUUCCUCAGGUCGGCGCAUCGGUCAGCAGACGAAAUGUCAUUGGUCCGAACGCUGUAAGAAGGGCGAUGGAGGUUGUCUAGAAAAAAACCUUUCACUUCGUAGGCCUUUCGUCACCGCAUUUCCCCUUGGAGUAGUCUAACACAUUUUAAUGGUAGCAGCGGAACGCGCUCUGUGUCAAAAAGAUGGGGCCUUAGACUUAAUCCACAAGUUGUUACUAAAAUUACUAGGCUUACGAUUGAUUUGGUUUUUAGCAGGCUGUUGUGCUUAUAGGGGUUACAUGGUACCAUAUUGGAAGAAAAUUUGCUAGCUCAAAACCCAGUCAGAUGUGUCGUCGAUACUCCUCCGCGGCAUUGCACAGUUGAAAGUGGUUCGGCUAAUCAGUGGGCUCACCAGCAUUCCCCGUGUGCUCCCUGGUAGAUAAUCGAGUUUGCAAAUUGUCGUUUUUUAAUUUUGUUUGUUUGUGAAAACCGGAAUUGGAUAUGAAUAUUGGGAGCGAAUUUCAUUGCCUACAGCUGGACAACCGCGUAAUAUCCUCUAGGGAGCCAACAGGCAGCUACAAGCAUAGACUAGGCUUACAGGGUACCAUAUUAUUAGAAUGAGGACUAGCUAAAGGCCCAGACACGUGUUUCAUCAAUGUUCUGCCGCUGUGUGGAACAGCUGCAAAGGAUUCGACUCAUAAGUGGGUCCUCUAGCAUUACUCGUGGACUCUUCCUUAGAAAUACUAAUUUAGAAAUUGUGCGCAUGGAACGAGCCCUUAUGCGCUGCGGCUCCACGGGUCUUCAUGCGUCAGAUAAACAGGCCGCAUUCACUAUAUUUAUGCCACGAAUUGGUGUGCUCAAUCCUUCGGCUAGUUGAAAGUGUCUAACUGACAGCAGCGUGACCAUCAUGAAAGUCUGACUUUUGACAAAGUAAGAAGUACAUUACAAAUGCUCGCAUUUUAUUCCGGUCGAAUUUGCUGUGGCGCCAGUCAGUACGCUUCGCGUGGGAUAGAGGUCAGUCAGCUUAACACUCAGAAAAAGCCUGUUGUAUUUUAAGUUAAAGAAUUAGUUUAAGCAAGAGUGUACGAGACCUUUUCUAAACGGAAAAGAUGUGUUCGAUCACACAGCAGUGACAAAAAAUCUUAACGUGUAGUCACAAAUGUGAUGAACAACUGAUGCUGCAUAUGUCUUAUAGUGACAGUUUGCUUGUCGUACCUGACGUUAUCCACCAUGUGCUUCUGAGCGAGGUUAGUGCUGGCACGGUGUCUUAUAUGUAAAUUAAUUUAAAGUGAGAGUAGACUUGCGCAGAGUCUACCGCAAGCACUCCACUUCACUUGGGCCCGGUGUCAAGACAGAGUCAAGAGAACCUGAGACCGAAGCGGACACAGGUGGCUGGCGCGACCAGACCCGCUCCUAAGCGCACCACUACACCCCUUGGUCCACAACAGACGCCUGACCAGGACUUUGACCAACAAUAAAAUAAACGGGUCAGAAAGAGGAGAAUGACUUGUCAACCUUGCUCACGACCCGUAUACCCAGUGGGAGCUCAAUAGCAUCUACCGGCUGGGAACCAUGUGUCAAAGAUGAGUUAAUGAACACAGACUGCGAGGGCUAUAGUUAGCUAAAUCAUAGCAUAGCAGGCACAUGCAAUCCGUAAGAUCUUUUUUUCUUGUAAAAGAGUAUGAAUACGCGAACACUUUAUUUUACCUUAAUAAUUCUUAAGUAGAAAAUAUGCGUUCGACCUUACAGUGGUAACAAAAAGAUAACAAGAGGUCACAAAUGUGAUGGACAACUAGUGCGCCGUAUGUCUUAUAAAAGCGUGUGGCAACGCAAACUAGAUGUAUUUUGGGUUAAUAAUUCCAAAAGUACCAAUAACAAAAUCGAACCUUUUGAUUAAGCCGAUUUGGCAUUGGAUUUUACACUGAAUCUCUUUUAUUUCUUGAAAUUGACUUGGAAUUCGCCGUCGUUGGCCACCUAUUGUAACAUUUGCUUAAGAGUGAUUGAACAGUCAAAUUAAAAUAUGUAAAGGGGACAGGAAUCAGGAAACAAGGGGCAAACGUCCACAAUGUGGUACAUUCUUAUAUCAGCUGGAUAGUGACUAAUAUGAAGUAAGGUCGUUGUGGUUUGGAAUUUUUUUUAUUCCUGCGGCAUUGUAGACGCCACUGUAGCUUCGAGUUCAGUUUUACAAACCUACUUAAUUAAUCUUUUGGGAACGAAAACGCAUUUCGGAAUUCCCAGUAACAUUUCGUGAGUUAGCAUACCUACAGUACUUAUGAGAUACAGCAGGCUCGUAUAUAUGCGAUUUUUCUGUUUCUUGAUUAUAAAAAUAAUUAUUGUGCUGGCGAUAUAGCUGAAAAUACAUGAUUGUAUAUAGACGAAACAUUUAAGGGGAUCUAGCGUGUUUCCCUGAAAUAGGCCAGUAAAAAUGGCAGAGGUUAAACUUUCGCUCCCAUCCUGAAUAAUCUGAUGGACAAUGUGCGAAUAUCAAAAAGAGGUUGGUGUUUUCCAUGCUUUAAUGGUUUCCAUAUAAGAAUUUAGUAGAAAAAUCUGUCAAAAAUUGUUUAAAUCAAAUAACAUUGCAUAUUCGUUUUUGCAGAUUUCCUAAAACUAAACUCUAAGAAUGUGAGAAAAUGGAACUGAGCAGCAAAUGGAAGCUGGGCGAUAGUAAUUAAUUAGCAUUUGGGCAAUAACCAAAGAUCUGAAAUGAGAAUCGGGAUACAUUUCAUGCGCUUCGAUUUACAUAAAGGGAUUGUAUCCGUUCAUUAUGAUUACUCUUUCGAGGCAUUCCUUAGAGCUGUUUAGCAAUUUCAUAUCAAAAACUGAUUUAUUUGAAGGCGUUUGCUGCUAAUUAAUCGAGAAGAAAGAAUUUAAUGAAUUGUUUUAACGCUGGUUAUUGAGAUCCCGACUUUUCAAAUUAUUUCUUAUGCUCUGAAAGCUCUAGACUCUCUUUUGUACCAUUCUAACGGACAGUGCUUUGCGGCUCGUUCGUUUCUGCCUCAUUAGUUCAUUUAGGCAUUGACCUUCGGUGGGUAGACAUGUUUCUAAUAGGUAAUCGCAUAAGCGAUGAUUGCUUUACCUUUUUAAAACCCUCUACCGAGGCAGCUGCUAUGUUCAUCAGUCUGUGUGUAGAUCACUUUUCUAUAAGGGUAUCUCGGUCGCCAUGUAAUAGGGAGUAUAAGACCUAGUUACCUUUGUGAGCCCCAGUCUAACGAACUGAUAUACAUGGCUAUCCAUUUAGUCUUUAUCGGAUCCUUGGAGAGUAUGUGUCUGGUUCCAUUUUUUGCGCUAUUUGUACGUCUCUGAAGAUCAAAACCAUUGCCGCCGUGUGAUCGAAUUUAAAGAUUUUGUUGCCAGAAAACGUCUGCGUGUGCCAAGGUGCAUAAAUGAGCAAAACUUGUGAUGUGUUCUUUUCUCAUGCGACUUUAUUAGUAAUAUGUGUUCAUUUACGGUGUUUAUAGGUAAAAAGAUUUGUCAUUUCUUGCUGGAGGAGAAUUAAAGUUGGUCCGCUUAUUUUCACAGCAGCUCAAGUUACUGUCCACUAUUUUAGGUUCGAUCGUUACUUAUGUUUUCUCCUAGUCAGUGACCAAUAGUUAUAUCAUUUUUUGUAGUCGGUUGAAGACUGGAGGCAGUCAACAAGUAAACUUAUUUGAGUGCUGUCUGUACCGAAGCCGAUUAGAAUAAGCGAGCAACCCACAUAUAUAAACUAUUCUUAGUGUUACAAGCAAGCAGGGCUUCCGGCGAUACUGCGACAUAUACUUGUAUGUAACUUAUGUUUAACUCCAAACCAGGUCGAUCAUUCAAACCUUCCAAUGCGCAUAUAAAACGGCGACAAUUUACUGACUCACAACUCUCGUCCUCGCACUGUCUGUUUUAGCCACCAGAUUACAUCCACCUUGCCGUCUCGCGCCCUUGAAAUUCAUGUCCGGCAGUGGUGGUAAUGGAAACCAGGGUGACUGCAUUAUACACUGCCUUUAACUACAGCUUGGAUAAUGUUACUUACUAGGAAAAUAAAGAAGACGUGAAGCGUGUUCAUGUUCACCGUGUCCUUAAAUCGUAAUUUCAGAAACGUCUCUCAAUGCCUAAUCUCAGAACGUCAUCCUGUUGCUAACGCGACCGAUUUAAAGCUCGUAAAUACUUACUGUUGUAAUCACACGGUGGCCGAUACGGAAAAUUUUAUUAAGACAGACACACAGCGGCUUGACAUGUGCACUACUAAAAGGUAAUUUCGUUCUUGCAGGCCCGACAGCAUCUGUUUGCUGUAAGAAACGCCAACCGGAACAGCCCUGUGACUCAGAAACUGUAUUAAAAUGAAUAGAAAACUGCUGUUUGUGGUAAAUAAAUACGUGCAAUUUCUCCUUCCUCAUUCUUCUUCUUCUUCUUCUUCUUCUCCUCCUCCUCCUCAUUCUUCUUCUCUUCCUCCCCCGCCUCCUCCAGAAAAAGUAAAUGUCUCCUGGACGGUUUUAUGCGUAAAAACUCCACUUUUUAUGCGCGCGAGAUUUGGUUGCCUCCGCCGAAGCCUGCUGUCGGGUUCUAGAUUGAAUGCCCAGAAAAUCCUGUAUGGGCUUCCAGCUUACAGUGCAUGACCGAUCUCAUGAACUGUUGGCCAAAAUUCUGAAAUUCGUUUUCGAUUAAGAAGGAUUACUUAGGUGGGGUUGCGAGGUUGAUUAUCCCGCGGCAUGAUCCUAUGGUAUUGUGGGUUCGGUGGGAUGUCGGCUUUUGAAUGCCCUUCUCUUCAAUCUCCUGUUAAAACUGUACUUGGCAAAAAAUGACUAUUCAAGUAGCAUGCAUUAUUCACACUGACUUUUGAUGGAUUUAUAAAUUCAAAUAUAUUUUGUAAAAAACAUAAACAAAAAUAUUCCUUCUUUCACUCUUUUGCUAGAGAAUCACGUCAAAUUCAUAUGUUAUGGUCGAAGAAAGAGUAUAAUUGGGUUUUUAAAAAGUUUCUAAUUAUGACAUUUUGAAGACGGUGCAAUGUCUAUUCACACAGCAUCGCACCUAACCGUUAACCACUGGUACUCAUGAAAUGAACAACAUAGUUCGCAUACACUGCACAAUUUUUGAACUGGAUAUAGUAUCAUUUGAGAGACAUGGAAGCAUAUGUGAUUUUCUCCACGUGGAACGCAUGCACCAUGAAAUAACUAAACGCUAGUGCAAUGACUGAGUAGGCUUCAAAUUAUUCGGAAACUAGAAAACAUUUUUAAAAAGUAAUUGCACUCCUUCGAUUAUAAAAUGUAAAGCGACGAGAUUCUCUAUUAAACGACCGAAAGCAAGCGUAUUGUUGUUCGUGGUCUCUGCAAAAUAUAUUUGAAUUUGCGAGACCACCGAAAAUCGAUGUGAAAAAUGCAUGCUAUUUAAGCAGUCAUUUUUUACCGAGUACGUGUUCUACAGAGAUUAAACGGCAGCCCAUUCAAAAGCUGAUAUUCUACCAAGUCCGAAAUGCUAUGGCGUUAGGCCUAAAGGUAAUCAGUACUAGAACCGCGCCUAAGCGAUCCUUCCUAAACGAAAACGCAUUUCAGAAUUUAAGCCAAUAUUUCUUGAGAUCGGUCACACACUGUGAGAUUCCAGUCGCCAGCUCGGAGAACAUGCAUUUGUGUUAUGCUCAGGAUUAAUUAGACGAUUAUCUGCAUUUAAGUGCCUGCGACAGGACCAGGACGCUUUGAAAAUGGUAAAUUGUACAUUUUUCGGAAAUCAGCAAUCCUGUACUCUCCACCUUGAUGAACUGAAGAACGUCUUACGCCUGUUUCCAUUGGCUAUUCGCGUGCGCAUAAAAAGGGCGUAGGCCGAACACACGAACGCACCCACGUAUUCCGUAUCGGCUUUGGGGCACCAUCAACUAAUGUUAUUUCUAUCGGAAGUAAUCAGACAUUGCUGUUCGACAGGUGUUUCAAGGAUGACCAAGCGCAAGGUGAUUGUACUAUACGCAUUCUCAGCAAUGACAAUCCUAGUUCUACUAUUUAAUAUGGAAGAAGUAGGUUAAUGUUUAAAGAUACAUGGUACAGGAUUGGUUUAUCAGCAGUCCAAGCCUGUCCGGAUUAUUAAUACCUGAAGUGAAAAGCAUUUACAGACAUCAUCUACAGGCACUUUCUUCAUCCAUAGUUUGCUCCCGUCAGGAACCCUACGACCUCACUUUCUGUUUUUCAACUAGUAAGGACGCUAAUACGGUGAGCAUUGAGAGGAUCUGUCGUCUGGAAUACGAAUUGUUCAAUUCUAGCGGAAACAAAUGCAUUUCCUACGAUAUGCUGCAAAUCAUGCCGGACAACAUUUUGGCCACGGCUCGUCGUCCAGCUAUAUACUCGAUCUACCCACAGGAUGUGCCUCUGAAAAUCAUUGUGCAAGCGGUUAAGAACCACAGCCCAGUUCCAGUGGUACAUACUCUAUUGUGUAUAAUUUAAUACAGUUGUUCUAUUUACGGCGUUUAUCGACUAGUUCUCGGGAUUUGCAUGCCUCGUCUGGCUCUGGAUUUUAAUCCCGAGCCCCGGCGAGGAGUAUCGACAGAGACAGUAGAGAAUGGGAUAGCCAUCAUUGGCCCCUUGGUCAUCGCUAGACCGUCAUGCCUAUUGCCAAGUAUUGAGGACUUGAGGACCGAGUCCGGACUCUUUACUUACAUAUAUAUAUAUUUGAAAAAGGAGACCCGACAAUGAUAAGAAAGAUUUGGAUGACGAUUUCCGACGUAUUACUUGUCGUCAAACAGGCGUACAGCAGCUUCAGGUAUAAAUGACUUGAAAAUUGAGCAUAUUUCCUAAAAAAGUUGAUAAGCUUCACUCUCCCAACGACUUGUAUGCACAUACGCAGUAGGUGUAUUUGCUUAUGAAAUUCUAACCGAAAUUUUCAAUAUAGUGUGUAUUCGAAAAGGCGGGGUUGUAAUAUUACUUACCGCGCAGCAUACUCUCACGAUAUUGAGUUAGCUUUCGGACGAACCCUUUUCCAGCCGUCAGCAUAAACUACUCUCUGUGGCAAAUGAUUUCUUAAUGAGCACUGCUUUUCCCCGUUAAUAUUCGAUGUGUUUAUAAAUUUAAGUUUAUUUUUUCGAAAACAGACGUAUCCACUCUUGCACGUAAUUUACAGAAAAUUACUUCUUCUUCAGACUUUCUGUCUGAGAUAAGCAUGUCUUUCGCUUUUGAAAAUUUUCUACUCAUGAGAGUUUCAUGACCUCAAGAUACCUAUCCAUAAGGCAUUUUAUUUAUGCAUUAAUUAAUACUUCUUAUAAAGUAACAAGUUUAUAAGCCUUGUUUGACGCUUUCAAGUAGUAUACAAGGAUGUAGGAUCACUUGAGAUUCAAACCCGGAUCAAGCGCGGAUUGACCACGCUCCGUAUCCUGAUCGGUGAGCGUCAGUCUGUCAAAAGUGAUAUUUCCUAUCACAACCGAGAGGAUAACAGGAACCGUGGCUCAAUGGUAGAGCGUUAGACUCCAUGACCAAAGAUCCCGGGUUCGAAUCUCAAGUUAUCCACACUUGGGGUUGGGUAUGACUGGCUGAUGACGGCUAAUAAGCCAGAAAUGGCCUUUCCGGUCUCCUUGUCUUAGUCGGCACCAUCUGAUAUAUAUAUAUAUAUAUAUAUAUAUAUACAGUGCGUGACCUAUCUCAUGAAAUGUUGGCCAAAAUUCUAAAAUCCGUUUUCGAUUAGGAAGGAUUACUUGGUCGCGGUUGUGAUACUGAUUAUCAUAAGGCAUACUCUUAUAACAUUUUGGAUUCGGCUAGAUGUUGGCUUUAAAAUGCACUAUUUUUCAAUCUCCUGUGGAAGGCGUGCUCGGUAAAAAAUAACUACUUAAUUAGCAUGCAUUUUUCCCAUUGAUUUUCGAUGGUCUUGGAAAUUCAAAACAUUUCAUAGAAACCAUAAAUAAAAAUAUGCUUUCUUUUAGUCAAUCAAUAGAGAAUCACGUCUUCUUUAUAUUUUAUUUUUAAGGAAGGAGCAUAAUAAGGUUUUAAACAAGUUUUCUAAUUGCCGAAAAAUUUAAAGCCCGAUCAUUCGCUGCAUUAGCGCUUAGUGAUUACACUCUACAAGAUGCAUUCGUUCCGCGUAAAGAAAAUCCCAUAUUUUUCUAUGUCAUUAAAAAGAUAUCAUACAGGGUCCAUAAAAUUUUGCAAUGGAUGCGGACCAUGUUGUGCAUUUCAUGAGGAGCAGUGGUAAACGGCCAGGUACGAUGCUACGUGAAUGGACAUAUCGCGGUCUUAAAAAGUCUUAUAAUUAGAAACUUUUUUAAAACCUAAUUAUACUCCUUUCUUAAGUAUAAAAUAUAAAGAAGACGUGAUUCUCUAUUGAUUGACUAAAAGAAAACACAUUUUUGUUUGUGGUUUCUAUAAAAUAUAUUUGAAUUUUCAAGACCAUCGAAAAUCAAUGGGAAAAAUGUAUGCUUAUUAAGUAGUCAUUUUUACCGAGCACUCUUUCUACAGGAGAUUGAAAAGAAAUGCAUCUUAAAGCCGACAUCCUGUCGAGUCUAAAAUGUUAUAAGAGUAUGCCUUAAGAUAAUCAUUAUUGCAACCGCGACCAAGUAAUCCUUCCUAAUCGAAAACGCAUUUCAGAACUUCAGGCAACAUUUCAUGAGAUAGGUCGCGCACUGUAUAUAUACAUAUAUAUCAAUCAGGAAUGGGCGCACACCGAUCUAUUGGCUUCACAAAGCAAACAAGCUCCGUAUGUGUGGCAAAGGUCACGAACAGGCAACCAAUUACCAGGCCGAAGUCGGCCAAGUCAUAAUAGCAGCGAGGAGGGACGACAGAGAAUGCGGGUAGAUUGAUACAGCACUGUUUCGGGCUUAUUCUGCCUUCAUUCAGCCAAUCAUAACCCUGACCACCAGCAGCCGAUAGGCCGAUCUCAGGAAAUGUGGGCUGAAAUUCUGAAAUGCGUUUUCGAUAAGGAAGGAUUGCGGAGGCGCGGUUGAAAUAGUAAUCAUCUUGCGACAAAAUCCUAUCAUACUUCGAACUCGGUAGGAUGUCAGCUUUUGUAUGCACUUCUUUUUAAUCUCGUGUAGAAACCGUACUCGGUAAAAAAUGACUGCUUAUGUAGCAUGCAUUUUCUACAGUUGAUUUCCGAUGUUCUUGUAAAUUCAAAUGUAUUUUAUUUAAAAAAAUGAAAAUAAAUACGCUUUCUUUCAGUCGUUUUAUGGAACAUGACGUCGUCUUCAGGUUUUAUACUCGAAAAAGGGUAUAAUUAGGUUUUAAAAACGUUUCUAAUAAUGAGAUUCUUUAAGACUGUGCAAUUUCAAUUAAUACAGCAUCGCAUCUGUCCGUUUACCACUACUCCUCAUGAAAUGUACAACGUGAUCCUCAUCCAUUUUAAAAUUUUAUGGACUCAAUGUGGCAUCUUAUUCAAGGCACAGAUGAAUACAGGAUUUUCUUUACGUGGAACGCAUGUGCCUUGUAGACUGAAAUCACUAGGCGCUAAUGCAACGGCUGAUCAGUCGCCAAAUUAUUUGGGAAUUAGAGAACCUUGUAAAAACCUAAUUAUACUUCUUCUGCUGCUUCAAGUGUAAAAUAUCAAGAUGACGUAAUUCAUUAUCAAAUGAGCAAAAGAAAGCAUUUUUUGUCUAUGUCUUUUUUGAAGUAAAUUUUGCAUUUAUAAAACCAUCGAAAAUCAACGCGAAAAAUGCAUGCUACGUAAGCACUCAUUUUUUACUAAGUUCGGUUUCUACAGGCGAUUGAAAAGAAGUGUAUACAAAAGCUGACAUCCUUCCAAAUUCGAGAUAUUAUUGGAUUAUGCCUCAAGAUAAUAUGUAUUAAAACCCCACCUUGGUAAUCCUUCUCAAUCGGAAACGCAUUUCGGAAUUUCGACUAACAUUUCGUGAGAUCGGCCACUCACUGUAUACAUUGUUUUUAGAAAACAUUAGUUGAAAGUAUAAUUUUUCUGAUUGUUUCUAAAUAUGUAAUUCAGAAUACACGCGUUCGAAAAUAAAUGCGUCAUGCAUUAUAGUCCGGAUUUUCCCUUUCGCGUUACCUUUUUACGGUAUUGCCAGCUCAAGCAUAUUUGUGAUAAGCAGAAAUCCUUUCGAAAAUAAACAAAAAGCUGGUUUCCCAUAUAUUCAUUGGUCAACUUAAUGCUUUUCCAUUCGGUUACUUUUGCGAGUGUUAUUCAAGUUUUGAAAACGUGUGAACCCUGCGUAGCUCCAAAAUAUAGAAUUUAUUCACAAAUAAAAUGUGUGCGGGCGGAAUGGCGGAUUUCUACCUUGAGUCAAUUACCAUUAUAAUUCAGGUGACAUUUGAUUACAUUUCAUUUGAAUCGAUCUUGCUAAAUAACGCAGGUUCCACUUGACAGGUCCGCAUCCAAUUAACUAAACUUAAGCUCAACACACUUUUAAACGGGCUGUGUUCAGCUUCUGAUAUUGAGAUAAUAUGAAUGAAAAAGACACCUCCUUUUAAUCCGGCAAACAUAAUCACAUAUCACAAUAAUAAUUCCCAUCAUGCAUGCAAAGCUGUUCAUUUCCACACAGCAACCAACACUUUAUUAAAUCUACAAACAUAUUAUUAGCAGCUCACCAACGCUUAACUUUAGAUCCCCAUCAAUAAUCCCAAACUUGUGCUGAUACGCACCAGUCGGUCUGUCUGCCACUACACUGGCAAUCGAAUUCGCGCACGCUACGAAUUAAUCAUCAUUGUCAAAAGCUCACCGGCCAAUGGGGCACGCCGAUCUCAACUGCGUCGAUUAAUCAAUCGUCAAACGGUCCAUCUGCGCAGGCCCGUUGCACUCCUCUUCAGUCUUGGCCUCCCGCCUGACAGCGCCAAUCGAUCCCUGUUGCUGGAUGCCAUCAGCUUUGAGGCCGCCCGCUUCGAUGACAUUCUCCUGGCCGACUUCACAGACACAUACUACAAUCUGACCCUGAAGACCCUGCUGAACCUCCGAUAUGCUCAUUUGGUCUGUCAGGGAGCCUCUCCGCUCUUCGCCUUCAUGGAUGAUGAUCAUGGCCUCAAUCUGUCAGCCAUCCUCGCCUAUUUCCACACAUUUGAUAAGGAGCACAGAGGGCAGCUACGACAAUCUGUCUUCGGUCACAUUUACGACCACCCACUGGUUAUCCGUCAAGCGGGGAACAGGUGGGCCGUAACGCGAAGGGAAAUGCCAUUUUAUAUGUAUCCAGAGUUCGCCGCUGGUGCAUGCUACUUUAUUGGCGCUGAGGCGGUGGAGUCUCUGUCCAUAGCGACAGCCUUCACCAAACGCUUCUCCUUGGAGGAUGCAUAUGUGGGUUUGGUAGCGGCGAAGAUGGGGAUCAAAAUGCACAAAUUACCAGGUGUAGAACAUCACGGUCCUGAGGAAGGUCUGGAACCGGCGCAAAGUCCGAUGGUAGCGUCCUUGGAGUACUUCGAGAAGCAUAUGCCCUAG